GACAUAGACGUAUAGGGUUUGCUCGAGUCUUUGCGAUCUUUUUAUAUUUCACAUUCUCGUGCUUCGUGCUGUCAACUGGAAUUCCCCGGAUUAAAUUCGUGAAACCGAUUCGGUUCUGGACUACAUAUCCCGUCAGCAUCUUCACGGUCAUACGGCGAAAUCAAUAGGCGUCUUUAUACUGCUCGGUUGACUGCUGACAAUGGGCGCCUUCGUAGGUUGGAAGCGUUUCCUUUCCAGGCUGGUGAAGAAGAGAUCAGCCUGGCCCCAGGGGGCAUCGUUCACGGCCUCAUCCCCGGGAUUACGACGCUUCUUUGCUUCUAAUUCAUCCCCAAGCUUUGGCCUGCUGUUCGACAUAGAUGGUGUGUUGGUCAGGGGCAGAAAUCCCAUUCCCGGUGCUGCUGAAGCUUUUAGGAAGUUGCUGGACAGUAAUGGGAAGCUGGCGGUUCCAGUCGUGUUUGUGACCAAUGCGGGUAAUUGCCUGCGCCAGGAGCGAGCAGCGGAACUGAGCAGAGUGCUGGGGAUCGAGGUCUUAGCGAAUCAAGUCAUCCUGUCGCACAGUCCGCUGCAAAUGUUCCAUCAUUUCCAGAAUAAGUGCGUCCUUGUGUCUGGUCAGGGUCCAGUGGAAGAGGUCGCCAAAGACCUGGGUUUCACGAAUGCAGUGUCGAUUGAAGCUGUGAGACAGGCGUACCCACUGCUGGAUACGGUGGAUGAGAGUCGAAGGCCAAGGAGCUCUGUCACUGUCAGAGCAAAGCUCCCAGCCAUAGAAGCCAUUGUCUUGUUGGGGGAGCCAGUACGUUGGGAGACGAGCCUUCAGCUGAUCCUGGAUAUACUGCUGAGCGCAGGGAGACCGACAGAGUGGAGGACCCCCACACCAUAUCCACACAUACCAAUACUGGCUUGUAAUAUGGAUCUGCUCUGGAUGGCUGAAGCUCAGAUGCCCAGGUUUGGUCACGGCACAUUUCUUCUUUGUUUGGAAACUUUAUACCGUAAAAUCACUGGGCGAGAACUGCAGUACCAGGCGCUGAUUGGUAAACCCAGCCCUGUGACAUACAAAUUUGCAGAGCAUCUAAUUCUGAGCCAGGCAAAGGAACGCGGCUGGAGUAAUCCUGUCCGAACACUGUAUGCUAUUGGGGAUAAUCCAAUGGCAGAUAUAUAUGGUGCCAACCUUUAUAACCGCAGCCUACAGCGCCAAAGUGGAGACUCCUCUUCAUGGCCACAAAGCUGUGAAUCAAUCCUAGUGUGCACAGGUGUGUAUAGUAAUCAGGACAAGGUGCCCAGUGACCCACAAGAGAGCUUGACGCAGACUGUUUUCCAUGGACACCGAGACUUCAAAUUAGAUCCAAGCCUGGUGGAGGCGUCCUAUGUGGUGCAAGAUGUUGCCGAAGCUUUGGAGCUGAUUAUAAAGAAAGAAGGAUGGAGGUCCAGCCAUGAGAACACAGAUGAGGUCACUCAGCCAUAAUAACCAAAUUUUGCCCAGGGAGGACAGGACACAUUCUCCAUUUCAGGGAUUUUAUGAUCGUAGAUAGAUUUUAUAGCAUGUGCCUUUCUAGUUCUGUGUGAAAAUUUUAACUGGAGGAUGACAGAAGCUGAACCUCUCUGUCCAUUCUGU